AUGGCGAGUGACAACACUGGUUUUGUACAACCAGCAAUCCCAAGGUUAGAUGGACACUAUGAUCACUGGAGUUUGCUUAUGGAAAAUUUCUUGCAGUCCAGAGAGUACUGGAGUUUGGGGGAAAAUUGCAUCACCGAAGCUGCUGCAGAAACUAUUCUCACUAAGGCACAAAGAAAGGCAUUGGCAAAUCAGAAGGUCAAAGACUUGAAAGUCAAAAAUUUCUUGUUUCAAGCCAUUGAUCAUGUCACUCUAGAGACCAUCCUCAAGAAGGAUACAACAAAGGAUAUUUGGGAUUCUCUGAACCAAAAGUAUCAAGGGACAACUCGUGUGAAACGAGCCCAGCUACAAGCUCUCCGCAGAGAGUUUGAGAUUCUUACCAUGAAGGAAGGCGAGUUUGUUACAGACUAUUUUGAACGAAUGCUGACAAUUGCAAACAAGAUGCGUAUGAAUGGAGAACAAAUGGAAGAUGUAAUCAUUGUUGAGAAAAUCCUCCGUUCAAUGAUCUCCAAGUUUGAUUAUGUUGUAUGUUCAAUUGAAGAAUCCAAAGAUGUUACUGAACUUUCCAUCGAUGAACUACAGAGCUCUCUACUCGUUCAUGAACAACGAAUGAUUAGUCGGGUUGUUUAA